AUGAGGGCUUCAUUGGAAGCGGCAGAUAUCGCCAUAGUGGCGCUGUACUUUGUGUUGGUGUUAUGCUUUGGAUUUUUUGCAAUGUGGAAGUCCAACAGGAGUACUAUAAGUGGAUACUUCCUGGCAGGUCGAUCGAUGACCUGGGCAGCUAUUGGUGCCUCCUUAUUUGUAAGCAAUAUCGGUAGUGAACAUUUCAUUGGACUCUCAGGAUCUGGAGCAGCAAGUGGAUUUGCUGUAGGGGCCUGGGAACUAAAUGCCUUGUUACUUUUGCAGCUUCUAGGAUGGGUCUUCAUUCCAGUCUAUAUACGUUCUGGAGUUUACACUAUGCCGGAGUACUUAUCUAAACGUUAUGGAGGACAUAGAAUCCAAGUGUACUUUGCUGUUUUGUCUUUGAUUUUGUACAUUUUUACCAAAUUAUCUGUAGACUUGUAUUCAGGGGCAUUGUUCAUUCAGGAAUCUCUGGGAUGGAACCUUUAUUUAUCAGUGAUUUUGCUCAUUGGGAUGACUGCUGUUCUCACAGUGACAGGGGGCUUGGUGGCUGUUAUUUAUACGGAUACACUCCAAGCCUUCCUCAUGAUUAUAGGGGCCUUGACAUUGACAAUAAUAAGCUUUGUGGAAAUCGGAGGAUUUGAAGAAGUUAAAAGGAGAUACAUGCUUGCAACACCCAACGUCACAUCUAUAUUGCUGACCUAUAACUUUACCAAUACAAAUUCCUGCCAUGUCACACCAAAGCCAGAUUCACUAAAAAUGCUUCGUGAAGCUACCGAUGAAGACAUUCCAUGGCCUGGAUUUAUAUUGGGUCAGACGCCAGCUUCAGUAUGGUACUGGUGUGCGGACCAAGUCAUCGUGCAAAGGGUUUUAGCAGCAAAAAACAUUUCUCAUGCCAAAGGAUCAACUCUUAUGGCGGGCUUUUUAAAGAUACUGCCAAUGUUCUUAAUAGUAAUUCCGGGAAUGAUAUCUAGAAUUAUGUUUGUGGAUGACAUUGCUUGCAUUAAUCCAGAGCACUGCAUGGCAGUGUGUGGCAGCAGGGCCGGGUGUUCCAACAUUGCCUACCCUCGGUUAGUCAUGAAGGUCCUCCCAGUUGGCUUGCGUGGUCUCAUGAUGGCUGUAAUGAUUGCAGCUCUUAUGAGUGACCUUGAUUCCAUAUUUAACAGUGCAAGUACCAUCUUUACUCUUGACAUAUACAAAUGUAUCCGGAAAAGUGCAACAUCUCGUGAACUUAUGCUGGUGGGGAGGGUCUUUGUAGCAUUUAUGGUCAUUAUCAGUAUUGCAUGGGUUCCCAUCAUCGUGGAAAUGCAAGGAGGUCAAAUGUACCUUUACAUUCAAGAGGUUGCGGAUUACUUGACUCCUCCUGUUGCUGCUUUGUUCCUGUUGGGCAUAUUUUGGAAACGCUGCAAUGAACAAGGAGCCUUCUAUGGUGGCAUGAUAGGUUUCAUACUUGGGGUAACUCGCCUCAUUCUUGCCUUUAUUUAUCGUGCCCCAGAGUGCAACUUACCAGAUAAUAGGCCCAGUUUUAUAAAAAAUAUUCACUAUAUGUAUGUGGCAACUGCGCUGUUUUGGAUCACUGGUAUUAUUGCUAUCGUAGUGAGCCUAUUGACAGCACCUCCAAAGAAAGAUCAGAUCAGAACCACCACUUUCUGGGCACUAAAAAACAAAACCAUAAAAGAAAAAACGCUCAAAGACCAUUCUUAUAAAGAAUGUGAAAAAAAUUCCUCACCAAUCACAGAAACUAAUAUAAAGCAAGCGCUGCCCAAUGGGAAGUCUGAUGAUCACAUUAAGAACAUCCAAAAUGAAGAUGUUAACCUUCUAAUGACUUACAAAGAUGACUCUAACCCUCUGAGCUCCUUGAGUGUCUCUGAGGCUGAGACACCCGUGGAUUGUUAUUCCAAUGGGCAAGCAGCUCUUAUGGGUCAGAACCCCACUGAUAGGGUUAACGAGGACCAGGGCAGGUGCUCCAAGUUUUUGGACUGGUUCUGUGGCUAUAAAAGCAGCACAGCCAACAAAAGAACCAUAAAGGAAGAAGCAGAGGAUGAAGCAGCAUGUCUAAAAAUGCUCGAAGAGAAGCCAGCUAUUCAGCGAAUUCUCAACACCGGACUGGUCUGUGUGUGUUCUGUAGGAGUGUUCAUGUUUAUUUACUUCUCUUUGUAA